UUUCCAUUCUCUUCUUUUCUCUCCACAUUUCUCUUCUUUUCUUUUCUUUUCUUUUCUUUCUUUAAAUGAAACUCUAGAGGUGUAAGUAUAAUAAUGUCAAAAGCUCCAAAUUUUUGGUUCUAGAAUCAAAUUGGUUGAGCCAACCUGCUGCUUAUUGUAGGUUCCGACGAAGACGGAGUCGGUGAAAUGAAUCUGAUGCAAGCGGUGGGAAUCGUGAAAUUCAUGGCUUGCUCACACACAGACUUUCUUCAACACCUCAAAUGGAUUUCUUGGUCUAAGCGGAGCGAUACUGAUCUAAAUCUAUCAGACGCUAUUUGAUGGCAAGCCAAGCACCUUCUUGCUAUGUUCGAUGUGUUUCCAACGGAUGUGUCUCUUCUACCAAACACCAUUUAAAUGGCUUUUAGUUGAUCGCUCUAGCCGUUGUUGCAUAUCUGAUGAUCAUAAUUGUCUUUCAAAACAUGUUUGCAUUCCAAUCAGGGGCUCACAUCCUUACAACUAUUGUUCUUGUGUUCACCUCUUCAAAAAAAUUGUAAGAUGUGUUUUCGUUGAUCGCUCUAGCUGUGGUGGUUUUGUGUCUGAUGUGUUUUUACACCCAUACGAUCAUUGUUUAUCUUCGCAUCAGAGGGUUUUAUGCGUUGAUUUUGCAAAGACGAUCGAAGCAACUUCUAUUGUGAUUUUUGACAUUGCUUCUACUUGAUCGAUUCAGUUUUACUCGGUAUAAAUAAAACUUAAAAUUUAUAAACAUAUAAUAUAAUAAUUAUUGAAGAAGAAAAGAAAAAUAAAUAUAAUCAGAAACAGAUAUCACAGAGGCGGAAUUGACCGGGGAUAUUAGAAUUCUCUCGCCGGAAAAAAUGGCGGUGAAUAACAACAAAUGGAUCGCUACGGUUGCCAGCAUAUGGAUUCAGUGCACAAGUGGCUCACUCUACACUUUCUCCUUCUAUUCCCCCGCAAUCAAAGCCAGUCAAGGAUAUGAUCAGUCAACCCUAGAUAUCGUCUCCGUCUUCAAAGACUUCGGCGCCAACUCCGGUGUCCUAUCUGGCUUACUCUACUCCGCCAUCGCCUCUCCGUCUUCCACCUUCACUUUCCGAGGAAGAAGCUGCGGUGGGCCGUGGAUUGUACUCUUGACUGGUGCGAUUCAGUGCUUUGUCGGUUACUUUCUGAUGUGGCUUUCCGUCACCGGAACGAUUCCUCGGCCACCACUACCCUUCAUGUGUUUAUUCAUGCUGUUAGCUGCUCAUGGAGUCACCUUCCUCAACACGGCCAAUGUUGUCACUGCUGUUCUCAACUUCCCUAAUCAGAGUGGCACCAUUGUCGGCAUCAUGAAGGGGUUUCUUGGGUUGAGUGGAGCAAUACUACUUCAACUAUAUCAAACAAUAUUCAAAGACGAACCAACACCAUAUAUUCUCAUGUUAUCCCUGCUUCCAUUGCUAAACACUUUGAUCUUCAUGUGCAAUGUAAAAUCCUUCCAAAGAAACGAAAUCAACGAAAAGAAACAUCUCAACACUUUAUCACUCAUUUCCCUAAUCAUUGCAGCCUAUCUUUUCUCCAUCAUAAUCAUACAACAAACACUUCCCCUAAACUUACCAACACGCAUCAUCAUCUCCCUUGUUCUUCUCAUUCUUCUAGCAUCACCUCUCUACGUUACACUCAAAUCACAUUCAACUCAAAACUACCAAUCACUAAAUACCAAUCAAGAAAUCUUAGAAGAACAUGAACUUGAAAACGAGCAUGAAUCUGAAUCCAUCAAACACGACAAGAAUCUUUUACAAGCUAUAUGCACAGUAAACUUCUGGUGUUUAUUUCUUACAACAGCAACAGGAAUGGGUACAGGGUUAGCAACUGUGAACAACUUAGCCCAAGUGGGUGAGUCUUUAGGCUACAGUAGCCAUGAGACUACGACUCUAGCCUCAUUAUGGAGUAUUUGGAACUUUGCGGGCCGGUUUGGUGCUGGAUAUGUUUCGGACCAUGUUCUUUAUACUAAAAAAUGGGCUAGACCGGUUUUCAUAGCAAUCACUUUAGGGUUCAUGAGUAUAGGCCAUUGUGUGAUUGCUUCUGGGUUUCCUGGGGCUCUUUAUGUGGGUUUUGUUUUGGUGGGUGUUUUUUAUGGGUCACAGUGGUCGUUAAUGCCUACAAUUGCUUCUGAAGUUUUUGGGGUUUCACAUUUUGGGACGAUUUUUAAUACUAUUACAAUUUCGGGUCCGAUUGGGUCGUAUUUUAUUUCUGUGAGGGUGAUUGGGUAUCUUUAUGACAGAGAAGUGGGUCGAGGGGUGACAGAGUAUUGCAGUGGAACUCACUGUUUUCGGUUGUCUUUUGUUAUUAUGGCGUUUGUGACGUUUAUGGGGUCUAUGGUUGCUAUGUGGUUGUUCUUUCGGACUAGAGGGUUGUAUGAAAAGAUUGUGGUAAAAAGAGAGUUGUUCUAGCUGAAAAAAGUGGGAGGAUUAUCUUAUUGAUUAGUCGUUUAAGUGUAAGAAUGUGUAGAUAAAAUCAAUAAUGAAAUUUGUUUGUGUUGAAAGAAA